CCGGCGGGGCGGCUCGGCAGCAGCGCCGCCGCGGAGCUCCAAACAUGCAACAUGGCAGCAGCCAUGGAAACUGAACAGCCGGGCCUGGAAAUCUUUGAGACUGCAGGUCGUGAGGAGCAGGUCCCGAGGGAGGAGCAGCCAAAACUGGAACCUUUCUAUGUAGAGAGGCAUUCCUGGAGCCAGCUUCGGAAACUGCUCACAGACACACGGAAGUAUCAUGGAUACAUGAUGGCAAAAGCCCCUCAUGACUUCACCUUUGUGAAGAAAAAUGACCCCGAAGGGCCGCAUUCCGAUAGGAUCUACUAUCUGGCAAUGUCUGGGGAGAACAGGGAGAACACGCUCUUCUACUCUGAAAUUCCCAAAACCAUAAACAAAGCUGCUGUCUUGCUGCUUUCCUGGAAGCCUCUUCUGGAUCUUUUUCCGGCCAUCCUGGACUAUGGGAUGUACUCCCGGGAAGAGGAGUUGCUGCGGGAGAGGAAGCGGAUCGGCACCGUUGGGAUUGCCUCCUAUGAUUACCACAGAGAGAGUGGCACCUUCCUGUUCCAGGCAGGGAGUGGGAUUUAUCAUGUCAAAGAUGGAGGCCCCCAUGGAUUCACCCAACAGCCUUUAAGACCCAUUCUGGUAGAGACCAGUUGUCCAAAUAUCCGGAUGGAUCCCAAGCUUUGUCCAGCUGAUCCAAAUUGGAUUGCAUUUAUCCAUUGCAAUGACAUCUGGAUAUCUAAUAUCGAAUCCAGGGAAGAAAGGAGGCUGACGUUUGUGCACAAUGAGCUGGCCAAUGUUGAGGAGGAUCCAAAAUCUGCUGGCGUGGCUACUUUUGUGCUGCAGGAGGAGUUUGACAGAUACACUGGCUACUGGUGGUGCCCAAAGGCACAGCCCACACUGGAUGGGGGUAAAGUUCUUCAAAUUCUUUAUGAAGAAAACGAUGAGUCAGAGGUAGAAAUUAUCCAUGUCACAUCACCCAUGCUGGAGACAAGGAGAACAGAUUCCUUCCGGUACCCCAAAACCGGUACAGCAAAUCCAAAGGUCACUUUCAAGAUCUCUGAAGUGACAAUCAAUGCAGAAGGCAGAAUUGCAGAUGUUGUGGAUAAAGAGCUAGUUCAGCCCUUCGAGAUCCUCUUUGAAGGAGUAGAGUACAUUGCUAGAGCUGGGUGGACGCCAGAAGGAAAAUACAUCUGGUCCAUCUUGCUGGAUCGCUCCCAAACUCGGCUUCAGAUAGUCCUGAUCCCUCCUGCAUUAUUCAUCCCCACAGAAGAUGAUGCAAUGGAAAGACAGAAACUUAUUGAUGCUGUACCAGAUUCUGUUACACCUUUCAUUAUUUAUGAAGAAACGACAGACAUCUGGAUAAAUAUCCACGAUAUCUUCCAUGUGUUCCCUCAAAGCCACGAAGAUGAGAUAGAGUUCAUCUUUGCCUCCGAGUGCAAGACGGGCUUCCGGCACCUGUACAAGGUGACAUCGGUUCUGAAGGAGAGCAAGUACAAACGGUCCUGUGGGAGCCUCCCUGCUCCGAGUGACUUCAAGUGCCUCAUCAAAGAGGAGAUAGCCAUUACCAGUGGGGAAUGGGAAGUGCUUGGCAGACAUGGAUCCAAUAUCUAUGUGGAUGAAGCCAAAAAGCUGGUGUACUUUCAAGGCACAAAAGAUUCACCUCUGGAGCAUCACCUGUACGUUGUUAACUACGAGAACCCCGGGGAGGUGAAGCGCCUGACGGAGCGCGGGUACUCGCACGCCUGCUGUGUCAGCCAGGACUGUGACAUGUUCAUCAGCAAGUACAGUAAUCAGAAGAACCCCCACUGUGUGUCACUGUACCGGCUGACAGGAUCAGAAGAUGAUGCAGCUCAUAGGACUAAGGAAUUCUGGGCUACCAUUUUAGAUUCAGCAGGUCCUCUCCCCGAUUACAUUCCCCCUGAAGUGUUCUCCUUUGAGAGCUCCACGGGGUUCACACUGUAUGGAAUGAUGUACAAACCCCACAACCUGCAGCCUGGGAAGAAGUACCCCACAGUGCUCUUCAUCUAUGGAGGCCCUCAGGUACAGCUGGUGAACAACCGGUUUAAAGGAAUCAAGUACUUCCGACUGAACACCUUGGCCUCUCUAGGCUAUGUUGUCGUUGUCAUUGACAACAGGGGCUCCUGCCACCGAGGGCUGAAGUUUGAAGGAGCCUUUAAGUACAAAAUGGGACAGAUAGAAAUCGAUGACCAGGUGGAAGGGCUGCAGUAUUUGGCAUCACAGUACGACUUCAUCGACUUGGAGCGUGUGGGCAUCCACGGCUGGUCCUACGGAGGCUACCUCUCCCUAAUGGCUUUAACACAGAGGUCAGAUAUCUUCAGGGUGGCCAUAGCUGGAGCCCCCGUCACGCUGUGGAUUUUCUACGACACGGGCUACACGGAGCGCUACAUGGGCCACCCGGAGCACAACGAGCAGGGCUACUACCUGGGAUCCGUGGCCAUGCAGGCUGAGAAGUUUCCUUCUGAACCAAACCGUUUGCUGCUGCUACACGGAUUCUUAGAUGAGAACGUUCACUUUGCACACACCAGUAUUUUGCUCAGCUUUUUGGUGAGAGCUGGGAAACCCUAUGACCUACAGAUCUACCCUCAGGAGAGACACAGCAUCAGGGUGCCUGAGUCGGGCGAGCACUACGAGCUGCACCUGCUCUAUUACCUGCAGGAGAACCUGGGCUCUCGCGUUGCUGCCAUGAAGGCCCUGUGACUGACCUCAGAGCUCUGCUCCACAGCUGCUCUCCGCACAGGGAGGUGUAGCAAGCUAGACAGAGUAGAAUGGAACGUUGCUUUCUGGUGCCUGCCACACGUACACACCCUCACAGACACUUUUUUAAAAGUCAGUUUGGUGCCAUACGGGAAAUUAAAGUAUGCUGAUCUAAUAACUUUAGUUAUUAAACUUUAAGUUUAAGCUGUAAAUAAAAUCCAAUGUCUGUGGUAUAAUACAGUACCAUGGGUGUUCUCUUGGGGGACGAGCUGAAACUGAGAAUAACGUACUUCUACAGCACCAGAUCUUCACUUUUUAGAAGAAUUAUGGCAUAAUUGAUGUAUUUUUACAGUGUGUUCCUUGGUAUCUUAUUACAUUAUACUGGAUUUACUCACUACACAGCAAGAAUUUACCUGAAUGGUUACAACUUUUAUUAAUUUUAAAUGCUAUCAUAUAGCUUUUAUGCUUUGUGAAAGGGAUGUGUCUCACUCCUUAGAAGGUGGUCACAAGUUGGACACAUCCCCUGUCUAGAUGUUAAUUGUUUUUUAAGAAGAAAGACUUUUAAGCUGCCUCUUAACAUAUUUAAAGUUUGGAUUCAGAUCAGUUGAUGCCAGGUUCUUUGAUUCCUUCUCCCAUAGGAUAAAUCAUUCUCUUUUCUUCCAGCAGCUUGAGAACCUAUCCUGAUUGUACUUGAUUUCAGUGGAGAAGUGAAUUGAUACUUUACUGUGAUAUGGGCAUAACAAUCUUUUAUUCUGAGGUGCAAACUAACUUAAGUUAAAAAUCAGAAACUGUAAACUUUCAAACAAGCUCCAAAGUGCAUCCUGUUGAGAUGUUUCCCUGAUGUUCACUCUGGAGCUGGGUUUGCAAUACUCCUUCCUCACCCUCACAUCAGCAUGAUAUGUAUGCAUCCUGUUACAAUGUAGAAAUUCAAUACUCUUAUUCCAGGGUCUGCAGAGUAUGUGUGGGGAGACCUUACAUGUGAGGCAAUGUGAGCUGUUCUGUUGACCUUCCUCAUGUAUGAGGGGCUAUUUCCCAGGCUCAUGCCCUGUCCAGUCCCCUGUUCCUGGGUCCUUUCUAGCACUACUGUGCAUGAUGAUGAUGAUGCUGUCUUUGAGAACCCCUUUCUGUACAGCUUCAGGUAACUCUCAAGGAAUUGCAGUCCCAGUUGUGUUUUUGCUACUGAGGUUUUAACUAAGCAGCAGGCUUGGCUGAAAAGCAUAAGAGUGUGAAGGCACUUUUAACUGGCAACAGGUAAUUUAGGCUAGAAAUCCAUAGAAAAUUGUUUUCUUUAAUCCAGAAAAUUCUCCCUUUGGGACUUGCCUCUGAGACUCUGAUAAGUUUUAAUGGUUUUCUUAGAAACCUAAGAACUUCCUUUUCUUUCUGUUUUGGUCCUAGAGAGAAGCAGAGCAUGAUUUUCUUUUCAUCUGCUGAAAAUCUGGAAUCAGUCUUUACACUCUUAGAACUCCACAUGUUGUAACCUUGUACUUUCCUGGAUUUUGUACUUGAUCCCAGAACUCUGGGAUUUAGCAGAGUCUGGCUGUGUCGGAUCAAACUGCAUGGUUUUCAGUGAAACCGAGGGGAGCUGGGGCAGUUGCAGGGCUGUAAAAGCAGUGUGUGAGAACAGGAUCUGGUUUUUGGAUACACAAAGGAGCCAAAGACAACAGGCUGCAGGGAGCUUCCUUUGCAUUGGGGAGCCUUGGUUCGGGCUACUUGCUGGUUUUCAGAUUUAAACCACCAUUAGCAGGUCAAUAACGGGUUGGUUUUGGGAAAGGAGGCAGAGAAGGAGCCCGGCUCCAGGAAUGUCUUCUCUUGCUGUCUUCUCUUAGCGGUUCGUUGUGGCUGAAGCAAGGGCAGCGUCCCUGAGGAGUGUUACAGUCAGCACUGAGAGGAGCACAGGUGCAACACAACAGUGGGUAAAGACAAAAAUAAGCUGUUCCUCUGGAAUUGCAUUGUGUUCCCAACGUGUUUAUGCUGUAUUAUAUAUACAUAUAUCUAUAUCUGUUCAUAUAUACAUAUAUGUAUAAAAUUACCCAUGGAUAGUAUUCACCUUUUCCAAGGUUGUUUAUAUUUUGUUCAAUAUUAAAUUAACUUGCUUUUUUGG